AUGUAUGGCUUCAGGCCCAAGAAAUCUUCGCAGGACAUACUCCUACAACUACACCACGAAGUACUUAAUCCCGUAGAACUCCCCCACAAUGACAAGAUCAUUCUAGCACUUGACCUUAAAGAAGCCUUCGAUAACUUCAAGCACGAAGACACCUUAGCUCACCUAAGUGCCACCAAGUGUGGCGAGCGCGUCUUCAAAUACAUCCGAAACUUUCUUACUGACAGAGUUGUGUACAUUCGCAUCCAAGAUCAGAAAUACGGCCCCUAUCCACUGGGCAUGCGAGGCCCACCACAGGACGCUGUGCUGUCGCCUCUGCUGUUCAACUUAGCUAUGGCACAGCUCCCGGGCCACUUGGCUGCUGUCGACGUGGUAAAGCAUGCGCUUUAUGCCGACGACAUCACUCUGUGGGCCACAGAAGAAUGCCUUGGCAGCAUGGAGGACAGCCUGCACACCGCAGCCCAUAUAGUGGACGAAUAUGCGGCGUGCUGCGGCCUCCACUGUUCCCCACAGAAGUCCGAAUUCAUGCAGCUUCGGCCGUCGGUGAAGUGCACUUCGUCCAUCAACCUUUCCCUGCAUACUGGAUCUAUUAAUAAGGCACAGGAGAUUCAUGUCCUUGAACUCCACAUUCACAAACACCGCAGGGUCAAGACAACACUUCACAAGCUGCGUAAGCUUGGAGAACAGGUGGGCCGCAUGGUCCGCCGAGUCUCCAACAAGCGGGGAGGUCUCAAAAGCAAGGAUGCGCUUCGUCUCGCACAUGCUUUUGUCACUAGUCGCAUCUUGUAUGCGACUCGAUACCUUCACUUACGAAAGCACGAUGAACAUUCCUUGGAAGUCACCCUUCGCAAGAUUGUCAAGAGAGCCCUAGGUUUCCCGAUCACUAGUUCCAAUGCAAAACUUCAUGUGUUGGGAGCGGUAAACACCUAUCGGGAGCUCCGGGAGGCUCACCUAAAAACUCAUUACACGCGUCUGGCGCAGACCCCGUCAGUCAGACGACUCCUCGAUCACCUACACAUUCGGCAUGAAUUCUACGCAAAGGAGCGGCUACGAGUGCCCGAACAUUGGAAAUACGCGAUUCAUAUUCGACCCCUCCCCACCAAUAUACUGUGA